AUGUCACUUACAGCGCUCUUCGUCGCUCGACCACCGGAAAUAAAAACCCGCCAUAGCAGAUUUGUCCUGCCAUUCAUAUUGCCCUCCGUUGCCACUGAACUGAAAUUUCCCCCCUCGGACCAAUGGAUUGAGUUACUUAUCAGACGGGCUUUGUCUCUCAUUCAUUACUUCUUUAUUUCAUUACUCUUACUACUUAGCCUUUCUUUUUCUCCUCCUUUGCCCUUAUCAAUCCUUCUUGUAUAUUGCUCUCUUCGGGUUCUUUUACUUUUUAUUAUAUUUAAAAUUUAUUUCUUUCAUUUUGGCAUUAACGUAUUUUCCAUCUUAUUUUCCUUCUUAUUUUCCUUUUUUUUUUUUGCAUUUCUUUCUCACGUUUCGUUUUUCUUUAUUUCUUUCUUUCUUUCCUUCUUUCUUUGUUUCUUUCUUCCUUCCUUCUUUCUUUCUUUCUUUCUUUCUUUCUGUCGUCCCUCUGCCAUUUUUUUACAUUCUUUCUAUUUUUUUCUCUUUUCCUUUGAAUUGUCAUUUGUCUUUUUCUCUUAUUUCAGUCUUUCUUGUACACUUCUUUAUUGCAAAUAUUUAUCGUUUUCAAUGAUGAAUUUUUAUUAUAAUGCUCAAACGGGAUUUUCUUUAUUGACACUUCCUUCAUUUUCCCAUCUUUUCCUUUCCUUCCUUCUUCUCGUCUGUCUUUCUUUCAUUACUUUUUAUAUUUACAUCUUUCCUUCCUUUUUUCUUUCUUUGUCUUCAUUUCCUCUAUUUUUUGCAUAUUUCUCCUCUUCUUUUUUUUUCGCUUAA